AUCCGCUAGCUGGAACACAAGCCAAUCCAAAUGGAUUGUUGAUUUCAUUCAAAAUCCAUUUUAGAAAAGAAAAAAAAAACAAAACAAAAAACAUGCUGGGAAUUUUGAAUGAGACCAUAAAAGCCGGAUUGCUGUGCCAUAAUCCACAGAACAAGUUCAUUGGAAAAGAGAGAGCAACAUUGCAUCCUCCACCACCAUUACUUGGGCAAAGUGUGUCGUUUAUGCAAUUCCACAUCCGAAAUGCAACUAUGAUUUGUGGGGUGAGAAGGAGAAGAAGGGCAGACAUAAGGACAGACACCUAUGUGCUAAUGGAACCUGGGAAGGAUGAGGAGUUCGUAUCGGAGGAAGAACUAAGAGAGAGGCUGAAAGGGUGGCUUCAAAAUUGGCCGGCGAAUGCCCUGCCGGCGGACCUAGCGCGGUUCGAAAACAUCGACGACGCGGUGGAGUAUUUGGUGAAGUGCGUUUGUGAACUUGAAAUCGAUGGAGAAGCCGGUUCGCUUCAGUGGUUCGAAGUUCGUCUACAACAGCAAGACAACAUGGGCGAUUGAGGCCCACACAAAAUUAGCUCAUUAGUUUAGUAGACAGUAUUUGAAAGACCAUUAGAAGACCAGGGAUUGGUCCAAUCGAAUGUGAAGAAUUGUAUAUUUCUAUACAUUAAGUAUUGUUUUCGUGCAACACACAUAGUGCUUGCUCGUAAUAUAUAAAUGUGUAUUAUAGGGACACAUAUUUAUGCUUUUAAUUAUUUGCUCCA